UAAAAAUAGAUAAUAAAUAAAAGAGACUCAAACCCUUAUUAAGCUCCCGCUCCCACUCUCUGUCUGGUGCUGCCUCUCAUCUUCUUCAUCGUCUCAUAUCUCCCAACUUGCAAAGGUAGGCAACCGAUCAGCUCCUUUUCCGUUAAACCCACAAUUUGAAGAUCAGCAGAGAGACAAAGCUUUUUAGGGUUUUUUAGUAGAGCUUCAUCAUCCAAUUGAAGAACUGAACAGAGCCAAAUAAGAUGUCAGGGAGGAAAGAAACAGUCUUGGACCUGGCCAAGUUUGUGGACAAAGGUGUCCAAGUCAAGCUCACUGGUGGUAGACAAGUAACAGGGACCCUAAAAGGAUAUGACCAGUUGUUAAACCUUGUCCUAGACGAAGCAGUAGAGUUUCUAAGAGAUUCUGAUGAUCCAUUGAAGACUACGGACCAGACCAGGCGCCUUGGCCUAAUAGUUUGUAGGGGAACUGCUGUAAUGCUUGUGUCGCCAACAGAUGGUACAGAUGAGAUUGCGAACCCUUUUAGCCAGCCAGAUGGGGCCUAAAAUGGAGAACUUGCUUUGCCUCUCCUCACAACACAGUUUUUAAGAAACCAUGAUGGGGUGAUUGUGGGGACCUUGGUCUUUAAAUACCAUGGACAUUUGAUUAUCAACUAAUGUAAAACAUUAAAAUGUUUGUUACUCUCUGUUCGUUUUAGAUUCUAGUAGUAAAUCUGUUCUAGGUGUUAUUGGAUGCUUCUAAAAAUGAAACUCAUUGUCUUUUGGGUGUCAUCCUGUCAAUGUAGUUAUGUAACAUUGUAAAAUUUGAUUCCUACCUGAGUUUCAUACAAUUCUAGUAGGAUUUUCUUUGUUGCUUCA